AUUGAAUAAAUCUUCUCUAAUCUUAUAGUCCAGACGUCACUCGACUUGUGAGACAAUGACUGCGUUUGUGAAGACAUUCACCGAUUCAUACGAAACCAUCAGUCGGUCCGCAAACACACGCAACAAAUACUUCGCUUAAAAUACCGGCAAAAGUGCCGAUUAUUAUGCAUUAAACAAGUGGUCAAACAUUGGAUUUACUGGCAAACAGUAGUUCACAUCCAAUAACAGCUAACAAUGAUUAUUAAAAGCCUAUUACUAUCGAAAGUGGGCACAUCCCUGGCCAAGAGGAAUGACAUGAAACGCAUAUUCAUAUCUCUAAACAUAUUUGCAUUGAUUUUGUUACUCCUAUACGUCAUGAUAAGUGUCGCCGUAUUCAUGAACAACGUGUCGGUGCCCACGAUAGCCGUGAAUACCGUUCCCGACAAAUACGACUCAGUACUCAACGCCAUCGAUGCGGAGAUCCAGACGCUGGACCUAUACCUCGACGGCCUGACCCUCCGGUCGCAACACUUAACCAAAAACUCAUCGCAACUCAUAUUCCCGGCCGAAGUGCAGGACAUGACCCGUACGGCCGCCAUAGCCAAGGGCUGGUGUACACCACGUCUAGGGGCCGACCUCCAGGUGUUGGUAAUGGUGUUGAAUCGCGUGGACGACUUCCAACGCCGGGCGACACUCCGGCAUACCUGGGCUCAGGACUUCCAGUCGCCCAACCGGUCGAAGCUGUACUUCGCGGUCGGGCUGUCCCGAGACGAGACGGUGCAGCGCCGGCUGGUGGCCGAGGAUCUCAUGCACCACGACAUCAUUCAAUGGAGUUAUUACGAGUCGUACUACAACUGCUCCAUCAAGUCGUUGGCUAUACUCCGGUGGACGGCAACCAACUGUCCGCUCGUGAAGUACGUGCUGAAGGCCGACGACGACAGCCUUAUUAGAAGUGAUAAACUCAUUGAUUUCGUGCGGCAAACGCCCGGUGCGGACACCAUCUACGGCCACAUGUGGACGAAGCCCGGGGUGUUUCGCACCGGCAAUAAGUGGUCCAUAAAUACUAGUGAUUAUACGGAUGACUAUUACCCGGAUUAUAUCGGUGGUCCGUGGCUGAUACCGGGGCCGAAGGUAAUGGUGCUCUACAGCACGGCUAUACUUAAGUCAUUGCCGGCCCUACCCUUCGAGGACGCCUACAUCACGGGAAUCGUGGCCUCGAAGGCCAACGUGAACCGGGAGUCGAUGCCGGGGAUCAUGUACCUGGACUACCGGUCCAACUGUGAUAUUGAACGCCUGGACCUGUGCUGGUACGACAGGUACUCGAUCUUCUGGCAGGGGAUCAACGAUAGCUCAAUGACUCUGUUUUACAACCGCAUCACCCGUUUUGACGCCAAAUCCUGCACUAAAUUCUCGUUUCAUUACUUGUAUAAUUGA